AUGUUCAACAAUAUUAACGACGACUUUCUUCCAGAAACACUAGAAGACUUCAUUUUAGUCCGAGCAGCGGAAUUAGCACGAACAAAUGUUAGUGCAGCAAUGGACACGAUACGAGAUGGUAUGCCAUCGGAUUUUUCAAAAAAUCGCAUCAAUUAUUUAAAAGAAUUGAAUCAUAUAUUUGUACGAGAACAAGAAGAAAAAAUGAAUCGAUUGGAACACCUUAUUUUCAAAACAUAUGACUGGUCUGAAUCAUUUCCGGAUUGUACACCUGCAUUACGUAUGUAG